CUUCACGGGCGACAGCAGGAGUGGCAUUCCUUGUGCGGCAGGAACUGUGGGAGAGCAGCACCUUCACAGCCCCUGCCCUCAGCCCAGUGCCCACAGCCAUGCUUGCAGGCCGCCUCGCAGUCCUGAAGCUCAGGUGGGGCGGCCGCUCAAUCACCAUUGCCAACACCUACUUCCCAGCAGCAUCAACGCAGGCAGCAGAGCAGGCAAAGCGGGAGCUUAUCAGCCAGCUCCGCACACAAGCUGCGCUCAGUGCGGCUGCCACAGCGGGGGAGGUGGUGAUCUGGGCAGGUGACUUCAACUUUGUGGAGAACCCAGCGCUAGACAGCUCUGCCGGCCCAGGGGGCCGGCCGGGCGAUGCACCCCUAGCAGCGCUACUGCGGGCGGCUGACCAACCACAGAUGGUGGACAUGUAUCGGCACCGCCAUCCUACAGCCCGGCGCUACUCGCACUUAUACCGCGCACCAGUAAAGGGUGGGUCCCGGCUAGACCGGAUCUACGUGUCGGCAGCAGCAGCAGCCACCGUCUGCCAUGCAGACAUAGCCCUGGUGUCCAGCUCUGACCAUCGGCCAGCCUUUAUCGACCUGCUCCCGGCACCCAGCCCCGGCCCCGGGAAGGGCCGGGCCCGGCGCCGCAUGCGGCUUUUCUUCCACCAGCACCCCGACCUUCGGCAGCAGCUGGAGGGCUGGCUGGAAGCGGAAGCCGGGACCGCACCAACUGAGGACGACCAGCGCCCAGUGCCCACAGCCAUGCUUGCAGGCCGCCUCGCAGUCCUGAAGCUCAGGUGGGGCGGCCGCUCAAUCACCAUUGCCAACACCUACUUCCCAGCAGCAUCAACGCAGGCAGCAGAGCAGGCAAAGCGGGAGCUUAUCAGCCAGCUCCGCACACAAGCUGCGCUCAGUGCGGCUGCCACAGCGGGGGAGGUGGUGAUCUGGGCAGGUGACUUCAACUUUGUGGAGAACCCAGCGCUAGACAGGUCUGCCGGCCCAGGGGGCCGGCCGGGCGAUGCACCCCUAGCAACGCUACUGCGGGCGGCUGACCAACCACAGAUGGUGGACAUGUAUCGGCACCGCCAUCCUACAGCCCGGCGCUACUCGCACUUAUACCGCGCACCAGUAAAGGGUGGGUCCCGGCUAGACCGGAUCUACGUGUCGGCAGCAGCAGCAGCAGCCGUCUGCCAUGCAGACAUAGCCCUGGUGUCCAGCUCUGACCACCGGCCAGCCUUUAUCGACCUGCUCCCGGCACCCAGCCCUGGCCCCGGGAAGGGCCGGGCCCGGCGCCGCAUGCGGCUUUUCUUCCACCAGCACCCCGACCUUCGGCAGCAGCUGGAGGGCUGGCUGGAAGCGGAAGCCGGGACCGCACCAACUGAGGACGACCAGCGCGCCCAGCCGCCCACGACAGUAGCCGCCCGCACAGCUGUGCUACAGACAGUCCGGGACCAUGGGGCUCAGCUGACAACCGAGGAUGACACCACAGCGGGUGGCCUCACCGUCACAUGUGAGGAGGUGCAGAAGGCGCUCAAGCAGACUCAGCCAGGCAAGGCGCCCGGGUGGGACGGCAUCCCGGCGGACCUGUACAAGGCCUAUCGGGCACAGCUGGGCCCCCUGCUCGCCACACUAUACACAGCCAUCGGCCACACGGGACAGAUGCCACAUCGCUUCACAGAAGGAGUUAUCUCGGUGAUCUACAAGAAGGGCGACGUGACCGAGCCAGGCAACUACCGCCCCAUCACACUCCUGGGGUCUGACUACCGCAUCCUGGCUAAGGCCCUGGCUACCCGCCUGGGCCCGGCGCUAGCACGCGUCAUCGACCCGGAACAGACAGCCUUCCUCCCCAAACGCCUGAUUGGCAAUGGAGCCCUGUUUCUCCGCCUCCUGCCGCACCUCCUGCGACAGCAGGGGCGGCAGGGCCUCAUUGCCUUUCUGGACUUUGAAAAGGCAUACGACACCGUGGACCGGACGUUCCUGUCAGAGGCCAUGGAGGCCGCUGGUGCAGGCCCUAACCUUCGUGGCUGGGUGCACACGCUGCUGGCGGACACACAUGCGCGAGCCCAGGUCCAAGGUGCCCACUCCCAGCCCGUGUCCAUGAUGGCUGGCGUACGCCAGGGCUGCCCGCUGUCGCCGCUGCUGUACCUGUUUGUAGCGCAUGCGCUACUAUGCUGGUUACGGCACAAAGGCGUCGGCCUACGGCUUGACCCGACAGAUCUCCAACGUGUGGCAGCAGUGCAGUAUGCGGACGACACUAAGGCGCUGCUGGAGGGCGAGCAGGAGGUUGUGGCUUUCCUGGCCGCCAUGCACACCUUCCAGCACGCCUCAGGGGCAACGGCUCAACCUAUCAAAGAGCACGCUGGCAUGCCUGGCGACACAAUUGACCAGCUAGAACGCCUUGCUGCGCGAGCAGCAGAUAGGCGACUCGGGCCAAAUGACACGGAGCGGCGGCUAACGGGCAUCCCCUCCUCAAUGCUGGCUGGGCCGCCGGUGCAGGGCCAGUUACCGCAGCAGCAGCCGCAGCAGCAGCCGCAGCAGCAGCCGCAGCAGCAGCCGCAGCAGCAGCAGCAACAACAGGCUCAAAUACAGACGGACACCCAACAAGCGAUUGACACGGCAGUGAUCGACUUGUGGGGUCGCUUAAAAGCAUUCACAGCACUGGGAGUGCCGCGGAAGGGCUGGGAUCAAGCCAUCACGGACAGUGACGAGGACUAAGCACGGUUCCGCAGGUGCAUGAGGGUGGGCUAGAGAGGGUCAGGGUUUCUGCUUUCUGUUUUCUGUUUAUGUUUGUGGUUGGGCUGGGGGGCUUCGCCAGGGCCAGCGAUGCAGGGUGUGGUUUCCGCCAGAGAGCGGCCCCUGCUGGUCCUUUUGAGGGGGCUUGGUUAGCUUGCUUUAUGCGCCCUAAGUGCCUUGCUUUCCCUCUGUUGUGGCCAGGGGUGUUGUUUGUGGCGGGGCGGCCUUGUGUGUGUUUCUGGCCUUGGCGGGCGGUGUUUUCCUGGCGUGUGUUUUGGUCUGGUGUGUACGUGUGGUGUGGUGUGAAGGAGGCAGUUGUGUCUGCCCCUCUGAGGCUGCGCCCUAGCCUGCUGGCUGUUGUGCUUUCUUUUGGUGGAGAAGGCGUGAGCCUUGUGUCUCCGUGUCUCUUUUGUCUUGACCAGGACUGGGGCCUUAUCCCCUGCUGUGUCAGGCGUGCCUAGGGGUGAGCGUGUGGAACGCGCUCACCCAACACUAGGGCUUGUCAGCCCUAGUCAUCAGUGGCUUCGCCACUACCAAGUGUAAUUAUCCCUCUCU